AUGUCUCCAAGCCAAAUACCGCCGCCGAUGACACGCCAUCGCCGCUGGGUCCGGCAGCAGCUGGAGACGUGGGAGAGCUGGCCCGACAGCGUUCACCUCGUCUUCGUGCGGAAGCUCGUCGAGGAACUCUCGGAGCAGUUGGAUGUGGCUCAGGAUGCUUCAUCCCGGCAGCUCGCUCGCCUGUCUAUCAUGCGGCAGAUACUGAGUCUCCACGAGACUCAGUAUGCCGGCUGCACGACAUCCCCCAUGAAUGUUGGCCAGCAGGCCAGACUUUGGGGAGCAUGCAGUGUUUUCUCCCAGGCAGAUGAGGAGACCGUGGUGGUAAAGGAUGGCGAACCCGCAAUUGAUGCUCCGCUCUUCCUGCCUUGUGGUACUGCAGGGACACAGAGACCGGCUUGUGACAUGGAGUUGCUUCCAGAGCAGUGCCACCUGAAGGAGCCAUCGUUGUGGCUUUCGAUCCCUCAAGAGCAGAGCGCAGACAGCGGCGAUCUGCAUGAGGGCUGCCCCGUCGCUGCAUCGACACCCCGUGCGGGCACCACAGAGACCCGCCCGGGCAGAAAAAGCAGCGGCGGCGACAGUGAAGCCAGCACGAGACUGCCCGACGGCAACAGCAGCGAUUCAGACAUCGACGAAGAGUGGUCGAGGGAGGAAUUCGCCCCUCACGACCUCCUCAUGACAAAUCUGUUGCCGUUCUUGAGCGCGGCUUGGCUGCGAAGUGGCCAGUGCAGGGGUGCAGGAGCUGCGCAACUGGCGCGUACUCUCGCGGCUUACGCGGCCUUGACAGCGCACGUGGCUGAGGUGGGCAGCAUGGACAGGCCAGAACAGAUUGUCGCUUUCGUGCAGCAGAUGGAUCUGGUCGGAAGUAACCCGGAUACACUGUUCGCCGAUGUCUUCCAGGGCGAUGCGGAGCAGCAGAAGAUGUACGAGUGUCGGUGGUGGUCUACGGCCCUGGCAUCCAAGAGAAAAACCAAUUUCGCAGAAAGCCACGCUAAGCGCAUUGUUCGCAAGAACCUCCGAAGUCUGCUUCGGCACUGCCGGAGUUCGGAUGUGGCCGUUGCUGAUGCCGCCAUGCUCCUUGUAAUGAACCAUGCUGUUGAGGCCCUUCCUUUUGUGCAGGGACCUAUUGCAGAAACCAUGCUCGGCAUGACGGAAGAACUUGUGGAGUCCAGCAUUUCCAUCAACAAGGACAAACUACUUUUUUGUGGCACGAUUCUUGGGCUUGUACUGCGGGUGCUGAGCAAGCCUCAGCGUCAGAGGUGGGUGUCCCUUCUUGUCGAACUGCUGAUGGACGAGGACUUUCCCAAACAGCCAGUGAUCUGGCGGUUGAGGCUGCUCUGGCUUGCUGAUGAUGACCCCUUGCGAACCUACGCGGCGGUACGCCAGCAGCUGCGGCUUUAUGCGAAGUCCGCCUCGAAGUGGGAGACUGAUGUUAAGCUUCUCACCGACUGCAGCUGCUGCUGA